AUGGUCGAAACUGGACGACACUUUGGGGUUUUGUCAUCGGGCACUAGGGCCAAUUUCCUCCAAAUUCAAGGACAUGGUGGUGAUGCUGUGAUCUCGAUCAGCGAUGCUUUCUUGGUUGGCCAACGAAACUUUCUGCGGGCUUGGGCUUUUGCUCACUCGUUGUGUUGUGCUCAGGCAGACAAACUUGCUUCCAAAUCCCUUGGAUGGAAAUCAUCCAACGGUGAACAUCCAACACCUCCAGCUAAGAGAACCUAUGAGGGAGACCUACCAAAUAAAACAAUCGAGGAAGGUGAUGAGGAUGACGUGGGUAUGGAACCUACAGACAAGCCUUCUGCAAAUACUGCCUCUAAUGGAUUGCAGGAGGUGCCGUUUGAAGACAUUGAAAUCCUUGGUGUUCUUGGGUAUGGACACAAUGGAGUUGUGCGUGUGGCAAAGUGGCAUGGAAAGGAGGUUGCCCUCAAGCAGUUUGAUAUCGGAAAAGAUGGGUAUGGUUACUACAACAACGAAAUCAAGGGAUACAUGGCAGUGGAGGGUGCCUGGGGUGAGCUAGUGACAAGGCCUCUGUUUGUGUCAGAUUCGUGGUCCGGUUCAGUCAAGUUUAUUGGCUUACACUUGGGACGAAAUCCUGCUCCAGGAGAUGACAAUUCGGGUUGGAGCAGCGUUUUGACUUCUUUGGAAGGACAGUUUGGCUUUCGUCAUGAGGAUGCAGAUGAUGGCAACAUGGUUUUUGUGGUGGACGAGGUAACUGGACGGGAGAAACUUGUUGCGAUUGAUCUUGAGGCUCAUACUAUGGUCGCAGGGGUACACUAG